AUGGCCACUGAUAAUGAUAAUUUAUAUGCCCAGCUGAUCUCUUCUUCUCUGGCCUUCGUUCGCCAAAACUACUCUGGUCCUUGGUUGUUACCGCGUACUGUUGUCUCCCAAGCAGAACAUUCUCUGCCACAGAAACGCAAGAUACAUGACCCUUCGUCCGAUCCUGAUUCAGAUAGGGAUCAUCUACUCCAACAACUUUCAUCCGGUACCACACACUCCUAUGCCUUUCGCUGGAGACAUGUGGAUGAUCAGCAGCGUGCGAGUGAACCCCUACCUGAAACAUCCCCUUGGCCGAAAUACCUGUACAACGAAUCGGAUGUUACUCGUAUGCUUGAGAUCACCUCAACUUCCAUGCAGCCUGCCAGCUUUUGCGUUCCGCCAGGAGCCGCUUUCUAUCUCGGUGAUUGUUCAAACUCGCGCUCAUUCCACAUGGCCGUUAGGGACGUCGCCGAGCAACUCGAUACACCUCGUCAAUUUGAUGUGAUCGUGAUGGAUCCUCCCUGGCCUAACGCUUCUGUCAGGCGCACUGAGAAAUCCGGAAGAUCGGCCUAUCAAGUUUCUCCCACCGUCUGGGAUGUCAGGCAACUGAUCUUCGAGAUGGACAUUGAUGUUCUCCUGGCCAACGAGGGUAUGGUUGCCAUUUGGAUCACCAACAAACCAGCGGUCCGCGAUCUUGUACUUGGCGAGGACGGCCUAUUCGACAGUUGGGACGUGCAGCUGGAAGAAGAAUGGUUGUGGAUCAAGACAACAACCGAGGGUGAGCCUGUCUCGUCGUUGGAUGCUCUCUGGAGGAAGCCCUAUGAAGUGCUCCUUGUCGGGCGGAAACGUGACCCAAAGAGAAGUGAUCAACACGUCAACUCAACCGACAGUUCCAAGGUCGAACGCAGAGUCAUAGUCGGUCUUGCUGAUCUGCACUCGCGGAAGCCUUGCUUGAAAUCCCUGUUUGAACGCUUCGCGAUCAGCCCAACGCUAACAUCAACAAAACAACGCAUCCUCGAGUGCUUUGCGAGAUAUCUUGUGAGUGGUUGGUGGUCGUGGGGCAACCAGGUGCUCAAAUUCAAUCAUACCGACUGUUGGCAAUCUAAGUCUUAG